AUGGCGAGCGACAGGUCCAUUCCCUCUCUCGUGCCGGAAACGUCUCAUUCUUCGGCGACAGGAUCUGACCCUCGCAGCCAUGACUACUCGCCCGACUGCCCCUUUUGCAUGAUAGCAGGGACCUACCAUCCCAUCUCGCCACUGGAGGCCUCGCCGCGUGCAGGAGCCGAACCUGCUGAGCCAGCUGAACCAGCCGAACCAGCCGAACCAGAUGCGGCUCCAGCUCUGGCUCUGGCGCCCGGCAAACUCGACCCGCCAUCGUUUGUGCUCUUCUCUUCCGAGCACGUUAUUGCAUUUCUGGACAUCAUGCCCUUGACUCGCGGCCACGUCCUUGUUGCGCCGCGGAAACAUCGCGUCAAAGUGGGCGACCUGAGUCCCGACGAGAUGGGCGAGAUCGGCCGCGUGCUGCCGCUGCUUGCACGCUCCGUCGUCCGAACCGUCAUGCCCGACAUCCCUCACAACCAGGCCGACUACAACAUUGUGCAGAACAACGGGCCUGGAGCGGCCCAGGUGGUGCCGCAUGUUCAUUUCCAUGUCGUGCCCCGGCCGCCGCUGAACUAUGUCCCACCUGACCCGUCGGCGUCGGCGUCGCCGUCGGCCUCAGUGUCGGCCCAACAAGGGCCGAGGAGGUAUCCUCCAAACCCUCAACCCAAGGGCCCCAAACGCACCGCCAUUCUCUAUGGCCGCGGGCCGCGUGAGGACCUGGAUUACGAGGACGCCGCAGUGCUGGUGGAGAGGAUGCGGCAGUGUGUGAGGCAGGAAUGGGAGACGACGUUCGGGUUUGGUCAGACGGCGGAUCUUACGACUGGGAGAGCUGGACAUCGAGGUGACAAGAGAGGCGCGUGGAAAGUUUGA